AUGGCUUCAAUAAUUAAAAAUCAAAUAUUGAAGCAUUUGUCUAAAUUUACCAAAGGUUUAUCUACGGAUAAAAUUAAUUUAAGUACUUUUAAAGGGGAAGGAGAAUUAUCGGAAUUAGAAUUAGAUGAAAAUAUUUUGACUGAUCUAUUAGAGUUGCCAUCAUGGCUAAGAAUUACAAGUGCUCGCUGUGAUCAAGUGUACUUUAGGGUACAAUGGACUCAAUUAAAAUCAGUCCCAAUUCAUUUGAGUUUAAAUGAAGUUGUUGUAAAAGUAGAAACAUGUGAAGAAUUAAGAUCUACCAGUUGUGUUCAAGGAUUGUCUUCUUAUGCUGGAGCUUAUAUGAAAUAUGGUUUUAUACAUAAAGUUAUAGAUGGUGUUACAGUUACUAUAAAUAGUGUUAAAAUAACUUUUACUAGUCCUGCAUUUAUAGCUAAAGUUGAUCUUUCAAGAAUUAUAGUUCAGUCUAAAUCUAAAGACUGGGAAAAUUGCAAAUUGCAAGCAUCGAGAAUAAAAAAUACAACUAAAGGUCAAAUUUUACUUUUUAAAGAAGUAGAAUGGAAUGAUGCAAGAAUAGAAGCAAAAUCAACUAAAGAUCCUAAUCUGACACCUUUGAGACUGAUAACAAACAAGGCCAGGUGUAGGAUCACAUUGAAAAAGAGUUUACUCGAUUCUUCGAUAAUUGGAUCUCGUUUAGCAAUUAUUUUAGAUGAUUUGUUAUGGGUUUUAACUGAUUUUCAAUUAAAAGCAGCCUUGCAUUUUAUUGAUUCAUUAUCCGGUUUGGUUCAAAAAGCUACUGAAAUAACGAGAAAGAAAAAAGCAGCAAGGAAAUUGGAGACUCUACCGGAAUACCAAGCCCAACAAUCUCAAGCGACAAGGAAUAAAGAUGUUACUUCACCAUUGACAAAAACAUUUGAUGAAUAUGACGUCAUAGAAACAAGUUAUCAUUUUCAGGCUCAGAAAAUUGAUUUGCAUUUUUCUGACGAUCCCGGCCAAUUAAAAUCCGGUGGAGCUUUUAUGAUAAGUUUGAAAAAAUUCAGAGUGGAUUAUUAUCCUUAUCAUCUUGCAAUUGCAACAAGAGAUCAUUGGGUCACAUACAAUCCGACAGAAACGCCUCACACUCAAUGGCUCAUGGAUGCUCAAAAAUCAUUUAUUAAUUCAUUGGUGACUGUGAUUGAAAAUUCAGAAACUUUAUCAAAUACCGUUUUAGAGAGUAACGUUAAUCAGCUCAAUAACGAAAAAUCCAAAGUUACCAAUCGCGAAAAUAAUUCAGUAGGAGGUGAAAUAUCAAAACAAAUAAAAAAAUUAAUGACCUCUUGUUUGAUAUUGAGAAUAACGGAUUUUAACAUGCAACAAGUCAUUCCUUCUGGAACGAAAAAACACGUUUCAAAAGAUUUUAUAUCAGGUGAUAAAGACAGGUUUGGAUUUCCGGAGUCGCAAACAGUCGUUCAUGCGGAAUUUACUUAUUAUUAUUAUCCCGGUGACGAUCCAUUUCCGCUUCCCGCUCCGAAAUUCUAUGCUCAAUUCAAUCCUAUACAAAUUUAUUUUGACGUCAUCAGUAUAUUAUGGGUGAAUGCUUUUGCUCUGAACCUGUAUCAGUCGUUGUUGCAAACAAAUACAAGUCAAAAUACUUCCACAAACGAUAUCAUGUAUUUUGAUGUUAAAAUAGAAGCAAUUUUACUAAGGAUAAUCAUGGAAAGUCCCAUCGAUUAUCCGGGUCAAAAAGAUCGUCCGAAAUCAUUGCAUUUUGUAGUUCCUCGAGCUACUGUUACCAACGUGCGAAGCGAUAAGCAAAGUUCUCGUUACGAUUUAAAAAAAUGCGUUGAUUUAUUAAAAAUGUGCUCAUUAUUUUUUGCUAACGAUUUCCCCUCGUCCGAAACGGAUUAUCCCUUGGUAUCGCAAAAAUUUUUAAAUCAUUUGUCUUCUUCCGACAAUGUUCGUCCUCAUCCGUCUCAAUUUAAUACUGCCGAUAGCUCAAAUUUAAAAACUCAUUUUAAUCAGGAAAUGUUGUGGACUGAAGCAAAAGAUAUCUGGUGCAUACACCUCGAACCGAUUUUCGGUGAAUUUUUCGGUGCACGAGCCGUUGGAAAAGAUUCAGCAAUAACAUUUAUGGAUGCUUUUCAUUUGACUUUUUGGGCACACGAUUUAACUGCUGACGACGAUAGUGCAGAUAUUCAUAUUUUAACUCACGUGACAAAUCUUGUUUCCCUUCAACUAAAUCAUUAUCAAUAUUUAUUCCUUCUGAGGUUGUUCGAAGAAGCCAAAGAAGUGGCAACGUAUUUAGGAAUCGAUUCCGAUCGUAUCGUUAGGUCGCCGGGAGCUUCUAUGGUUGUGGGAGGAGUGAUACCUGAUUUAGAAAUCACUUUUGUUAUGCCUUCUCAGUCGCCGGGUAAAGAAUCAUCUGGCGGCGAUAUCGAAAGCGUGAUUCCAGAUUCUUCAAGUUUACAAGAAGAUGGUACUUUACGUUGGCAAUCGACUGGAAGUGCUGGAAACGUUAACAUUAAUAUUUUGGAUAGAAGUCAAACGUCUUUUAGCGAUUGUUCCAUCAACGUCGAUAACACCGUAACGGAUUUUAUGCUUCGUAAGAAAAAUUUAAAUGAAAACGUUCGACCUGUUUCUUCGUCUCACGUCGGAGGAAAGCCGGCCAAUUUGAAUGGUUUCAUUCAAUCGGAAUCUCAUUCAUUCGAUUUGAACGUUCCGCCGCCAUCUUUGUCUGCCACGAAAAAGGGUAUUGAAAAAAUGAUGACGUUGAUUGGAAUCGAAACGAAAACGAGUCCCGAUGAAAGAUACGAUGAAGUUUCCGUUACGAGCGAUGUGAGCUCCGAUGGUGAAAAUUUUUCCCUGAAUAACAAUUGCAUCGGAGGAACAUUUGAAAAAAUAAAAGGUGGAGUAGAAUCAUUAUUUUACGUCAACUCGUCGGAUUAUCAAAUGCAACAACAGAUUCAAUCCAUCGAAAUCGGAACGGAAGUUAUUGAAGAAGAAAGCACUCUGACGUCAUCAAGCGAAAAAGAUUCUUCGACGGGAGGAGGUUACAAACGUCGCGAUUUGAUAUCAAUAUCGACAUUUAAAAUUCACAAAACGGAAUUUCAACAGCAAUCAAAGAAUAUGUCUUCCAGAGUGAAAAUUCAAAUAUCAGAUGUAUCCGUUGAAGAUUGUUCUUCUAUACCGUGGGACGAAUUUCAAACGAAAUUCAGCUCGAGAACGAAAAAUUGGUCGGCCGUUUCAUUGGACGCAUCAAUUUUUCCAAAAAUAAAAAUAAAAUUAGAUCAUUUUUUAAAAUCGAAUUCAAAAUGUUUUCGCGAGAAUUCGAUCGUCGAACCCUCUCUCAUAUUGAAAAAUUUCGAAGAUAAAAUAACCGUUAAAGUAGAUUCGAUCAAUUUGAAUUUGAAUGCGUCCACUUUGGCGGGAUUGGUGGAUUUGCUGGAAGAGGAAAUGCCGGCUCCUCCAUUUCCGGUGACCGUUUAUUUGGAGGAUACUAAAAUACACAUAAUUAACGAUAGGCCGCCGUGUAACAUAACGUCACCGGAACCCCUUCCCAUCGAUUUAUCGUUAUCGAAAUUGACGAUAAAUCGAGCGGAAUCCGGUCUCAUUCAAAUUCUACCGUGUAAAAAUUUCGAAUCGGAAAAAACGCAAAAUUCUGAGGUUAAUACGGAAACGCAAACGCAAAACGGUUCGCGUUUGCUGUUGGAAAAUGAAGAACUGAGACGACGAUUAAGCGCUUUGGAAGGAUUAACCGAAGAAAAUUAUCGUUUGAUGAAAACUCGUUCGGAAUUGAGGGAGGCAUUAAACGACAUUGAUUUGUUGUUGCAAAAUAAGAAAAAUUUAUUGGACAAGAUAGCGGAAUUGGAAAAUCAGUGCCAUCAAUUGGAAAAGAAUUCUAAAAGAUAG